UUAAAAAAAACCAAAAUACUCUUUCUUCUUCUUCUUCUUUUCUCCAGAGAUUGUUGCUAUUGACAUCUCUGUUUCUUCUUCUUGUUCUGUUGUCUCUUCAAUUUUGACUCAUCUUGAAGAAGAGGAAGGAGAAGAAGCUCAUGAAGAGGCUAGUGGCAUUGUUAUUUCUUUUGUUACUGAAUGAUGCCGCUGUUGAAAUUUAUGGAGAAGGAACUGACUGGGGAUGCAAAUAUAACAAGGGUUCAGAACCACGACCUCAUAGUGUAUCUAUAAAUGAGUUUGGAGCAGUUGGAGAUGGAAAAACACUGAAUACUCUUGCCUUUCAGAAUGCUAUCUUCUAUCUCAAUUCUUUUGCGGACAAAGGUGGAGCACAGCUCUAUGUGCCUCCAGGGAGAUGGCUAACUGGAAGUUUCAAUCUCACCAGUCACCUCACACUUUUCUUGGCAAGGGGUGCUCUCCUCCUUGGAUCCCAGAACAUCUCACACUGGGAACUAAUUGAACCCUUGCCGUCAUAUGGCAGAGGGACUGAACAUCCAGGAGGAAGAUACCGCAGUUUGAUAACAGGAUAUAACUUAAAAGAUGUUGUGAUAACAGGUGACAAUGGAACAAUUGAUGGCCAAGGUUCUGUUUGGUGGGACUGGUAUACGUCCCAAUCCUUGAAUUACAGUCGCCCACACCUAGUGGAAUUUAUCAGUUCCGAGGAUGUCGUGAUUUCAAAUCUGACCUUCUUGAAUUCCCCAUACUGGAAUAUUCAUCCAGUUUAUUGCAGCAAUGUGCAAGUUCUGAACAUAACAGUACGCUCUCCAUCUGAUUCUCCUUUUACCGAUGGAAUAGUGCCAGAUUCUUCUGAUAACAUAUGUAUAGAGAACUGCACUAUCAGUGUUGGGCAUGAUGCGAUUGUGCUCAAGAGCGGUUGGGAUGAGUAUGGAAUCACAUAUGGAAGACCCACGACACAAGUCCACAUCAAGCGGGUUCAACUUCGAGCAUCUUUAGGCUCCGGCCUUGCAUUCGGCAGUGAGAUGUCUGGUGGGAUCUCAAGUGUGUUUGCAGAGCAUCUUCAUAUUCAUGACUCUUUCACUGGCAUUAAUCUGAAGACUACCAAGGGCAGAGGAGGUUAUAUAAAAGACAUUCUUAUUUCCGAUGUUGCAGUGGAAAAUGUCCAAAAGGCCGUUGAGGCCUCCGGUCAUUUUGGAGCGCACCCCGAUGAAAACUUUAAUCCCGACGCUCUUCCAAUUGUUGAUCGCAUUACAUUGAAGGAUAUGGUUGGAAAAAACAUUUCUAGAGCUGGAAACUUCAUUGGAAUCCAAGAAUCUCCUUUCACCUCUAUUUGUCUAUCCAAUAUCUCAUUAUCUGCUUCAGACCCUUCCACUUCAUGGGUUUGUUCAAAUACGUUUGGAUUCUCCCAAUCAGUGCUUCCAGAACCUUGCCCCGAGCUCCAAAGCUUAUAUUCAAACUCUUCUUCUGUUUGUUAUUCUCUGGAACCUUCUGCUGGGUACUCUGCAGCCCUGUGAGAAUAUCAACUCCUUCCUUUUUUUAUCAUACCCCACUGUACAAUGUGUCUAAAUUUCUUCUAUUUGUGGACUGAAUUCUUUUCUCAAUAAAGUGCAGACCUCAACCUGCACCACUCCAGUUCCAAUUCUUGAUUUUCGAAUUAGAUGAAGUAGUAAUAUCCCCGUCCCCGCACUCAUUCGGCAGCUUUUUAUGUACAGUUCCAAUUCUUGAUUUUUGAAUUAGAUGAAGUAGUAAUAUCCCCGUCCCGCACUCAUUCGGCAGCUUUUUAUGUACAGUUCCAAUUCUUCAUUCAUGUGCAAGGAAAUUUUUGGUAGUGUGAAAUCUCUAUAUAAGAUUGUUGGUACUGCUUCUUUUUCUUCUUGUCUUUGUCAAUGUAAAUUUGUAAGAUGCAAUGUUGUUGUUGGUAGAUGGAUGUGAAGUGAGGUGAUUCGAAUAAUGAAAAGUUGUCUAUAGAAAAAAUAUACGAAUUUUGUUGUUCAUA